UGUCCAAUAAAAGCACAGCAUUCCUAAUUUUGUCGUUCGGCGACGGAAUGGCAAGACGCUUUUUUGGUUGCUAUGUCGGAUGUUUGUGUCAUUUAACGAAGAAUUUAAGAUGACGUCUUACACCAAAGUUCUCGAAGUUACAAACACUACAUGGAGACUAAGAAGAGGCUUUGACACUGCUGUUAAUGAUAUCUAAUCGCAGAGCAUUUUAGCUACCAUGGGGCACGGGGCUAGUACCACCGGUGUGAAGAAGGUUGCCCUUAUCAAGGAGCAGGGGGAGCAGGAUCCUAAUGAAUCCAGACCUGUAUGGACAAGAUCAAACUCAGAUGGCUGCAUUGUGGAGAAUCUCAACUCCAGUAAAACCAAGGUGGAUCUACUGGGUCAGCAGGUCUCAGAAUAUAAAGAAUUAUUGAAUGCAUCAGAGAUCAAAAUAGAGGAAGCAGUGGACAGAGCCAACAUUCUAGAAAAACAGCUUGCUGAAGUGGAGGGAGUCAACUUUGAGCUGACGGACACCGUGAGUGACCUUCAGCAGCAGGUAGAGUCCCUUCAAGCAAACUCAGGGCCAGAGGUCAACAGACAGCUAGAGGAGGAGUUAACCACUAGUGACCAGCAAGUUGAGAAGUUGGAGAUGCAUAUCAAGUUGUUAGAGGAGCAGAUGGCAAGCAUGCGUUCCAAGUUUCGUAAGAAGUUGAGGGCAGCAAACACUCAGGUGACUGAGGCUAAACAGGAGAGUUCUCUCAAACUGUACAGCCUCAAAGACCAGAUUAAACAGAUGGAGGAAGAGAACCUUAAACUUACAGAACGUCUUGAUCGAGCCAACAGUAGAUCUAGCGAGACGGAGCCAUCAUCAAACCAGAUUGGUGGUGAGGGUUCCAGGAUGAUGGUCAUUCUUGAGCUGUCUAACCAGGUCUCUGCCCAGGAGGAUCAGAUCAUCCAACUACAAGAGCAGCUGCAGGGGAAGGACAGGACCAUCAAGGAACUCGCCAAUCAGCUUGAGCAGGAGAGGCCGACCAGUCGAGCUCCGAGUGAAGUGGGUAGCAGGCCACCCAGCGGGGCUACCAACAGGCCCUUGAGCGGGAGGAGUCAUCAGCGUUCCGCAAGGGAUGGGCGGAUAGAGUCUAGCCAUCAGAGGGAAGGUAGUGGAAGAAGCGUGAGGUCACUGUCAGGAGAGUCCUUUGAAAGAGUACAAGAUGAUGAACGAGACACCAUUGGGGAUCAUCAAGAAGUUAUAGGGAAACAAGUCUCUGAUAGUACUGUAGGAGGAUAUGAUCAUGAUGAGAUUCCUAGGGAUACAGAAAGGAUUUCAUCAGGUAAAUCUAGCAAAAGGAGACAAAGCUCAUCUCGAGAAAGAAGAAAAAGUGGCAAUGAAAAUGAAAGGCCAAGUGUUGAUGAUAGGAGAUCUUCAGAAAGAUCUAGUAGCGCAGAAACUAAGGAAGGUAGUAGUCAUAGGAGGAAAAGAAGUACUUCUAGGAGUAAAAAGAAAGAUGCUUCUGCUGUUGAACUCCAAAGGAAUUUGAAUAGCCAAAAGGAAGACCUGAACAAUACUGAAACCUUGACAAGGGAUCAGAUCAGAAUAAGCUCAGCAGGAAACCAUGAUCCAGCGUUCCAUGAAAACUCAGAGGAAGGGACGAAGAGCGCCCCCUCUAGUGCUGGAACCAGUCGACACCGCCGGAGAUUGAAGGUGGCACAGCAGCGGGCCUCUUCACUUGAAACUGUGGACCAUAGCGGCUUGACUUCUUCUCCCAAGCCACCUCUCAGACCUGACACAAACCUUUAUGAGCUGGACUCGGGGGUUGGUCGUGAUUUGGGGGUUGGUUGUGAUUUGGGGGUUGGUCGUUAUUCGGGGAUUAGUCGUGACUCGGGGGUUGGUCGUGAUACAAGUCCUGUGUCUGGUAGAUCUACAAAGGCAUCUGAUCUGGAGUUGGAUGAUCUGUUGCAAGAACUCAUGAGCGAUGAAAGUCCUGUGGACUCGGAAUGGAAGAAGAAUGCAAAGUCCAAUAAUGGGUUUGGGAUUUCAGAGGAGAAAAUACGGAACCUUUUAUCUGAUAGAACGACCUAAUGAAAUCUACAUUAUUGUUGGUUAAUAGAAUGUGCUGUUCAACAUUUGUUUAAGAGUCUGCUCAUGUAUCUAAUUGCAUCUAAUCUGAAAUGUUGGAAAAUGCAAGCCACAGGCAGAAUGGUUGUCAGUAAGCAUAUUUACAGACAAAUACAUGUAUGUCUUCUCUUG